CAAAUACCUGACAUCAAAUGUAGCCUAUGGAUCUACAGGCAUUCGGGAUGUGCACCUUGAACUAAAGGACCUUACCCUGUGUGGACAUGGGUGACCUUCAGCUUUGUAAGCUAGAUGAACUCGAUUGCCUUAUUAAAGGAGUUUUGUACAUUGAUUCAGUUGGAUUCAAUGGACAUUCAGAGUGCUACUAUUUUGAAAACCCGACGGAUGCUGAAAGAUGUCAGAAGCUCCCAUUCAACUUGGAGAAUCCGUAUCCUCUCCUUUUGGUGAACAUUGGCUCAGGGGUCAGCAUUCUGGCUGUGUAUUCAAAAGAAAACUAUAAACGGGUAACGGGCACCAGCCUUGGAGGGGGAACCUUUUUUGGUCUCUGCUGCCUUCUUACUGGUUGCUCCACCUUUGAAGAGGCCCUAGAGAUGGCGUCCCAUGGGGACAGUACCAAAGUCGACAAACUAGUGCGGGACAUUUAUGGAGGAGACUACGAGCGAUUUGGAUUGCCAGGCUGGGCUGUAGCAUCCAGCUUUGGAAACAUGAUGAGCAAGGAGAAGCGGGAAUCUGUCAGCAAAGAGGACCUCGCGAAGGCUACUUUAAUAACCAUCACUAAUAACAUUGGCUCCAUAGCACGGAUGUGUGCACUUAAUGAGAACAUUAAUCGAGUGGUGUUCGUUGGCAAUUUCCUUCGGAUCAAUACAAUCUCAAUGAGGCUUCUGGCAUAUGCUUUGGACUACUGGUCGAAGGGACAGUUAAAAGCACUUUUCUUGGAACAUGAGGGUUAUUUUGGUGCAGUCGGUGCUCUUCUGGAACUCCUGGAUUCAGCCUAAUUCCAUGCAGAUUCCAUACGUUGGACCUAUGAAGUUGUGGCACUUCCUGGGUCACUAAGCCCAAGUUUCGCUUUAAAACAUCUGUUCACUGACUGUUAAACUAAUUGUGCGUGACCUAAUCAGAAAAGGAAAGGACUGUUGCGUUUCUGUCUGUAAACAGUUGAAACCAAUCUUCGAUUACAACACAGGUUUGUUUAAAAGGAGUAUAUAUGCAAAUGUACUGUCCCAAGGUGGUGGUUCUGUCUGGAACAUCUGUAGGGCAUUCAGUCACAUCAAACAGCCCUUUUUAGGUAGUCUUUUCCAUGUUUAGUGGUGGUGACAUAAUAGAUGUGCACUCUAUUCCUUCCAUCAAGAUUCCUUUGAGUGCUGAAUGUCUACCCAGUUCACAGUUUAUAGAGUUCAGCUGCAGCGUUUUGUGUUCCGCAAACGAAAGGCAUUGUGUUCACAUUGUGCUGUUAAUUGUCUGUAAAGGGGAAAGAAUAUCAGCACAGCCCUGGCAUGUAAAAACCAUACAGACCGCUUCUGUCUCCUCUGAACCCUACAGUGGCCUGUCAAACACCGUUGUGCUGUCAGUAAGGCUUUAUUCCUGUUACCACAGCUUCUUAUCUAUGUAUACGAGAGACAAAAGGUAAGGCACAAAUCCUGUGUCUCAGGUUGAUUCUGAUUUCAGCCUGUAACACUUCUGUACAGACCACAGUACCCUUUGGGGUAUGCCAUAGUGCUGGCAUAGUGUUGGGAGUGUCUGUCAACCUCUGACUUUGAGAUCUGCUAAGAGCAAAUUUGAGGAUGAAGUGGGGGGGGGGUUGUUUGUUUGUUUGUUUUUUUUUUUCUCUGUGUAAAACUUGGCUGCAUAUAACUAUACCAAAGAAAUUAUUUUUUUUUUCAGUCAUACACUUGGCAUCUUCUCUGUAAUGUUCCAUUUUACAUUUAUAAACUGCUAAACUACUUCGGUUUCCGGGGGAAACCUCUCCUUCCCAUAUGCAUGCUGUGCUCUCCUCUGUUUUCUCUGUGCGUGCCGUCUUGCAUACAGCCUGCAAACUGGGUUGCUGCAGUCUGGAACCCUUAAAGACGCUGCGCUCUCAGGAUGCGGAUUUAGAAAUGGCUUACUGCACACUGAAUAGAUGCUGAUAGCAGACAGCAGUUUAAAAAAGAAAAGCAGCAUGCGCAUGGUUUGUAAUCUGCCCGCCCUUCCUCCUGUCUCUGCUUCACUCUGCUCUUUGCAGAAAUUCUUCCCAGGCUUGGACCUCGCGUUAUGAAAUGAAGAUGAUCUCUAUCGUGUUCUCUUGGCCGUGCUACUAGCAUCAGUUAUUUCAGCAUAACUGCACUCCAGUCAGGGAGUGUGGAAAAAGCUGCUUUUCUGAAAAGCCAUCUGCACCUUCCCUUGAUGAUGUAAGCUAAACGGAGAUACUACUUCAGAGUGUUCUCUGCAAUACGGUGCUCUGGCUUUCCAGCUGAGCAGCUCAGCUAUAUGUAGAAGCCGUCCUUCCGUGAGCAAGCUGAAGCAGCCUUUUGUGGAAAUGCAAGCGCGCACCAGUUCAGUUCAUACUUAUUGGGGUUUAUCGCAGGACAUCGGAAUGGCUGUCGUCCUGGCUCGAACACAUCUUUUAAGGUCAUGGUUUCUUUCCAGAGAAGUUGAUUUUCAGCUCUCUGAUCCCGAUGCGCCUUUUGAUGACCAAUUGCAGCGCUGGACAGCCUGUGCUGGUUCGGUAACUUGCAGUUUGGCCGCAAUGACGUGCAGUAGAGGUGCAGGAGCAGCACAGCAAAUCGUGUCCAGCUCUACCUGUUGCUGCAGCCCGAGAUCAGAGUACUCACAAGGUGCUCCACAGCUCGCUGGGUUUGUAGCACGGCACCGGCCUCUCUUUUGGGCCUGAAAAGGGAAGAAACUACAAAUCUGGGAGACGUACUUUUUGCUAAGGUUAGAUGUUUCUGUUUCUGUCAAAGCCUGUGCUGUCAGCUCUGCUGGGUAAGUGUUCCAGACAGCAGACACAGCGUAAAACAAGGCAUUUUCUCAACUUCAGUUAACCGUGGGCCUGGAACUUCCUGAAUACAUCCAGUAAUUUGAGAACAACAAUAAAAUGGGGGGGAGAAAAAGAGAGUAGUGUUCACAUGAAAGGUAAUCUUUGCUGUGUGCUGUCUGUGGAAGACAGUUUGUGUGCUUUUCCUGCAGUAUAGUGCAGGUUUCAGCUGUAUGCCACUCCACGUUCAAUCUAACCUGGUAUUUUUAGAGGUGAGGGCUUGGAGCAGGAUAACACAGAAUCAAUCGUUGUGUGGUUUGGGUUGGAAGGGACCUUAAAGAUCACCCAGUUCCAACCCCCCCGCCAUGCGCAGGGACAUCCUUCACUAGUCCAGGUUGCUCAGAGCCCCAUCCAACCUGGCCUGGAACGCUUCCAGGGAUGGGGCAGCCACAGCUUCUCUGGACAAAGGGCACCUGAGCCCUGAUUUAUUCUUCAUUUCUUGUGAAAUCACACAAAAGAUAACCCUAAGUAGGUGUAUUAAAACCAACUCCACUUCCCAGUUGCUGAUUGUAGGUUUUCUAGACUUGCCUUAACUCUUUCUCUACCAUAUAAAAGGUAACACACGGCACAUAGCCGGCUGCCAUUUCGGCCAGGUCACCCACCCUCACAGUCAAAACUCGGGCCCUGGUUUGAUUUGUGGAAAAGAAACAGAAACACACUUCGGCUUUUUGAAAUGCCUUUGUGCCCAGGACCCACUUCGCUCCUUGGUGUAAUACUUCAGCGAUGCGCUGGGCUGCCGCGGGCUUCUCAGCUUUAAUUAGUCCUAGGGGUUUUAUACAGACCACAUCGGUGUGGGGAGGGUGUAUAAUCCUCCUCUGAAUCCUCCUAACAUACAGGAUGGCUGGUUUGUUUUUUUUAAUAGCAGUAGGCUUUGGGAGCUGAAGACCGACGGAAGGAAGGAGCCACCUUGAAAUGAUUUUGUUACGCAGAGGGAAGCUGUGGAGAGCAGAGAAGCCCCCGCAGCCUGCAAGAAAUCCCUGCCCCGAGGCGCUGGAGUAGGUGCCGGGCUGGUGUCCCUGGGAGCAGCGUCCUGCGGGUUUUCUUCCCCCUGUUCGUUCUGCGCGCUUGUGUGUGUUAACACCUUUUUUUUCCUGUGGAUUUUGAGUAGAUCCUGUGUGGUCAUGUCCAACACCAAAGUCCUUGAUGUAUUGUACUUUUUUGUAAAUUUUUUUUGUUGUUGUUCUUGUAAUAAAAUAUUACAGUUAUUUUUAUAUUCUUGAAACUUUUCUCUUGUUUGCUUCUUGCCUUGUUCUUC